CAGCGUGUCAUGCGGGCACAUAUUCUGACACUUGCACGGUGUAACUCUGAAGGGGCAAAUCCAAUUGAGAAACAGGUCGACUUCCAAUGGACAGAAAAGUAUUUGUGCGUGUGGGUUUGCCCGCCCAUGUACUUCCUCCUGAAUGCUAGAUCACUUGCCAUUGACAGUAACUGUGCAGCGCUGGAGUUUUUGCUGUGUCCAAGUGAGGCGAUGUAACGGGUUCGGCGUGACGGCUUUACCUGGUGAGUUUAUUGUGAAUAACCCCGCUACGCUAACGAUAUGCUGGCCGCCUCCACGACAGAUAACAGAGGGAAUAUAUCUUAAUAAUAACACCAGAAAGAUCAAGAGAAUACAAUAACGCCGGGUAUAGAGGAGGAAAAAAAAGUACAGAAGCGAGGUUGAAAGUGGGGUUGAACAACACUGCUCUGAAUUGCUUUAGACCAGCGACGCGCCACCUCAAACACUGCCCACGUUUCCAGGUCCUUAAAUAAAAGAAUAAAAUAACUGUAAUGCCACGUGUUGUAAGGGGAGACGCGUCCAUAGCACAGAGAGGUCUUGAAGCUAACUAGCGCUCUCAUUGAAGCUCCACUCUGACCAGGAGGAAGGACGUGCUGGAAGUUCAAAGGAAGCUCACACAGCAAAGCCAGUGCAUCCGAAAGUUCAGUAAACAGCAUUUCUUAUAGUCUGAAGAUUCAGAAACAAAACAAACAAACAAAACGCUUCUGGAUGGUUUAUUUAGGAAACAUUAUAUAUUGUUUUAAAAAUAUGACCAAAGGGGAUUCAAAAUCAUUGCCAUAGACAGAUAUUUGGAAGGUUUUAACAGAUGUCUGGCGAUAAACUUUGAGAAGUUUGUUUUAUUUUACUUCCUGUUAUCCUAACCAAUACAUCCGCAGAAUAAUUUAAAGUAAAAUAGAAGGUUCUACAGGACAGCUGAGGCAGAAUAUUGAUCUUAGCAAUAUGAACAAUCAUCGCCUUCAAAUCAUUAAUAAUUAACCUUUCUGCGCAAAUGCUAAUUUUCUUCAAGCUGCGCAAAACAGAAUGUGACUUUUUAAUGGCGAGCUCCAGCUAUAUCUGCCCAAAGCCAACACUGGAUCUUCAUUACGAAUGGCCACGAGAGAAGAAAUAGCUCUCCAACCUUCAAAUAUCUAUUUGCAAAAGCGUAUAGGUUGCUUUUUGCAAUAGCUCCUGUCUGAUGCUAAAACAUUCGAUUUUUAAAAUGAUGUAUGUAUUUAAUUAUUUAUAUAUUUAAAUUGGACUCCAUGGGAUAAACUCAAAUACACUACCAUCAGCUUUACUAAAGCUGAUUAAACAAAAAAAUAAUAAUAAUCAACUUUUUUGGUGCGGUACCUUAGUUGUAAGAACAACAAAAACAUAUUUUUAAAAAUGUCUACAAACGUUGAAACCAAAAAAGAGGCACCGGUCCCUGGCUACCACCAUGCCAACGGUGCCGUGCACCCAGUUAUACCCACCGAAAUGCGUCCGGGCGACUGUGAACUGAAGGAAGUGACCAGCGCUCCAAAGAAAACGGAACAGCAAGAGGGAGACCUCGAUGCCGACCGAGCCGAGGUUGUGGUCAUCAAAUCCCGGGCCAAUGCUAAGGGCGUGCUGGAGGAGGACGCGCUCUUGGAGAACGGCAGCCAAAGCAAUGACAGCGACGACACCAGCACAGACCAGAGCCAAGUGUUGGCGCCCCCGCUGAAGGAAACUUCCUUCUCCAUUGGGUUGCAAGUUCUGGUUCCAUUCCUGUUGGCGGGUUUUGGAACAGUUGGGGCUGGUAUAGUGCUGGAUAUUGUACAGCACUGGACGGUGUUCCAGGAGGUGACCGAGGUGUUUAUUUUAGUCCCGGCUCUGCUGGGGCUAAAGGGGAAUCUGGAGAUGACGCUGGCCUCCAGGUUGUCGACUGCAGCUAACAUUGGGCAUAUGGACACAGCCAAGGAGAUGUGGGGGAUGAUCGUAGGGAACCUAGCGCUGAUACAGGUCCAGGCCACAGUGGUGGGCUUCCUGGCCUCGAUUGCUGCUGUGAUGUUUGGCUGGAUCCCUGAGGGUCAUUUCAAAAUGGGGCAUGCGGUCCUGCUGUGUGCCAGCAGCGUAGCCACGGCGUUCGUUGCCUCCCUGUUUCUGGGGUUGAUAAUGAUUGGGGUGAUCGUGGGCGCCAGGAAGAUCGGUAUAAACCCUGACAACGUGGCAACGCCCAUCGCUGCCAGCCUGGGAGACCUCAUCACCUUGGCACUCCUGUCCAGCAUCAGCUGGGGGCUCUACAAACAGAUGCAGGCGAAUGACUACGUGAACAUGCUGGUGUGCGCUUUCUUUGUGGCCCUGACCCCGAUCUGGAUCAUCAUCGCCCGACGGACCCCCUCCACCAGGGAGGUGCUGUACUCUGGCUGGGAGCCCGUCAUCAUCGCCAUGGCGAUCAGCAGUGUUGGGGGUCUGAUAUUAGAUAAAACUGUGUCAGAUCCCAACUUCGCAGGGAUGGCAGUCUUCACACCAGUCAUCAACGGUGUUGGUGGCAAUCUGGUUGCAGUGCAGGCCAGCCGAAUCUCAACGUACCUCCACAUGACCGGCCUACCCGGCGCAGAGCCCCAAGCUAACCGGCCCAAGUGCCUCAACCCCUGCAGUGCCUUCUUCGGAUCAGGUUUGAACUCCCGCUCGGCCCGAGUGCUCUUCCUCCUGGUGGUCCCGGGUCACCUGGUCUUCCUCUACACCAUCAGCUCCAUGCAGGGCGGACACACCACCCUCACCUCCGUAUUCGUGGCUUUCUACAUGACCGCAGCCCUGCUACAGGUGCUGAUCCUGCUCUACAUGGCUGACUGGAUGGUGCACUGGAUGUGGGGGCGAGGGAUGGACCCCGAUAACUUCUCCAUCCCGUACCUCACCGCUCUGGGGGACCUGCUCGGGACCGGCUUCCUGGCUCUCAGCUUCCACAUCCUGUGGCUGAUCGGAGACCGCGACAGCGACGUCGGGGAUUAGACCCACCCCAUCCCUCCCCAGGCUUCCUGGACCCUUUUGUAUUUUGUAAUUUAUUACAAUAAUUCUUUUAAUGUCAGUGGGAGAAGUGAAUUCUCAUUAUUUUUCAAUGGGAAUUUUUUUUUAAAAUAUUGGCCAUGUUUUUACAGGCUAAACUAUAUAAUGCAAAAAAUUAAAAAAAGAACAAAAAGCUGGCAAUCGCCAUGUGCUUUCCGUACAGAAAGAUCGUUGCAAGGGGAGAUGGGAGGUACUGGUUCUGUGUAACACACAGAACAGCCUCCUCAGACUAGGUAUCCGCUACCCUGAAGAAUUGGGUUUUGAGGAAACCCAUCUUGAGUGUUUCCCAUUCUUACUUCUCAACCUGCCGUGCACUAUGUUCUCCGAUAGCGAUUGUGUGGGCACACUUAUAAUACUUGAUAUGAAUAAGGAGGAAAUAAACCUAUUCAUAUCAAUGAGUGUGGAAUGUACCAUGCUGAUUAUGAGGAAAUAGUUUUCAUAUGUAAUUACUUUUGAAUUCUACCACUUACUGAAAACUCUGUGUUCUUGUAAAGUGCUGCCUGUCUAUUGGCCAGCAUGCUCUUUUCCCUUCAAUACUAUUGAAUACUCAAUAGUGCUGAAUUUAAUACUGUAAGAAACUCAACAACAUCGGAAAUGGACUUGCUGUCGAAACUUUGAAUUGAAGUUUAUUUUAGGCUAUCUGCUGAAUAAUUCAACACUUUACAACUCCCUGGGACUGAAUUACCCCAAAGGAUCCAAUCUGCCCUUCCCUUAAACCAGCAGCUUCAAUGAAUCCUCCUAGCGAAGUUAAAACUGGCUGAUCUCUUGUGAUCAUUGGACCACAGUAAAAUUCUCUCGUGCCGAUUCUUUUACUGUAUGCCAGAGCUUCCCACUCCUGGUCCUGGGGACCCACUGUGUCUGCUGGUUUUCAUUCCAACUGAGCUCUCAAUUACUUAACUAGACACUUCAUUUAACUAAUAAUGUGCUUAAUUAGACCGUAAUUGUUCUCAGUUCCUAAAAAGUUGCAGAGUUCAAGUUAUAAAGUGUUAUAGCUCACUUGAAAUCUGCAACUGUUUAAGAGCGGAAAACAAGUAAAAAGGUCUAAUUUAAAGAAAUGAUUAGUUCAAUUAGGGUUUAGUUAAGUAACUGAGAGCUCAGAUGGAAUGGGGUCCCCGGGACCAGGGUUGGGAAGCCCUGCUCUGUGAUGUGAAAUAUUGUUCUCACUGAUACCUGAGUGAACAUGCUUCAUGGGUGAAUAACUGGAAUAGCAUCUGCAUAACUGGAUGGUUUCCGAAACUGGUUUUGGAGACAAAAAAGGGUUGGAUGAGAUGUUUUAUUAUUUCAUGUGUGUGUGUAUAGUUUAUUUGAUUUGAUUUUAAAAUCGCAGCAGUUGAUUGGCACAGAUGGCUAGUGAUCGUAUUAAUCUAGAUAUGUGUAUUACGCCAAAAAACACUUGGGAUAAGGAAAAAGUAAUUUGUCUUUAUUUUUAAUGUUGCUCUUGUCUUAAAAUUAUGGUCAGGUUUUAUUUUUAAUGAAGCCUUUUUUGUUUUGGACGGCUUUAGUCUUUUAUUAAUUAUUCAUUUUAUUUAAAUAAAUCUGUAGAGGGGUUUAAUGGGCAUUAGUAAAAGAUUAACUUAUUUUAUUUAUUUAUUAAGGUUAUUUAAAUUGUUUAAUUGAAUCAAUGCUUCCAAAAAAUGACAAACCCCCAAAAAGCACCAGGAUGAUUGUAGUUGUAUUGAUGUGUUUAAGAUGUUUUAUAAUGUAAUUUGGCUGGAGAACGUGCACACUCUACACUGUGUAUGCAACAGUGCCACCUACAGCCACCAGCGUGUAAAUACAGGUUUGAGACAUAGGCCCAACUGAAACGUCUUAUUAUGAAUAUGAACUUUGGCUCCUGUGAACCAACCGACAGGCAGUGUUUUUUUUUUUUUUUUUUUUUUACAGUUUAUAAAACAUUUUUGUAUAUAAAAAGAUACAUUCUACACAAUAAUUAGUAGUUUAUUUUAAUUAUGAUUCCUAUACUGUUCCCCAGUGUUUACCAAAAAGAGUUGUCAGCGAUUGUCAUUAAUGAGAUACCACCUCCUGUGCGAAGCCCAUCCAUUGAGAAACCCUCACUGAGGCAAGGUUCCAAACCCCUCCCACAGUGAAUGUGAUUGGGUGUUCAAAGUUCUAUAUUCUGAGAUACUGUGAAACGCUGAAAGGGGGGUGGGAUUAAGAAAGGUGGUGUGACAUCACCUUCCAGCCUUGAAAGCAAUCACAUGUGAAACCUAAAAGAACAGAGAGAAAGAAUGUCCACCAUCACAGCCACGGCUAGGUGAGGGCUAAUAAAACAUUUAAAAAGCAGCAAUCUGAAUGCGAGUGUUGAGCUGCUUGCCCUUGUUUUUGUGGGUCCUUCGUGUUGCACCCUGCAUGGUGCAUGACUGUCGACAGCACGGUGCUCUUAGUGUUCAGCGAUGACCAUUGAAGACUGCUCAACUACUGUACUUGUAAAUUACCUGAAUAAUAAAUCAUACAUAUUUCUUAG